AUGUCGAGGGCGAAAGACAGUGCGAGGCCCAACAAGCCGCAGCCGGCGCAGGAGGACGAUGCCGUGUGGCACGCCGCGCCUAGGGGCGUCACCGACGUCAAGGCAGAAGGCGACGCCGACGUGUCCAUCGAUUUCGAUGCGCACGACAAGUCACAGGCCGCCGAACCCAUGGAGAUUGACUCCAAGUCCGUGUCCCCCGUCGGCGAUGGGCCUGCCGAGCGCAAGCCGAAGAAGAAGGCCGCCCUGGACACAGAGACGGAGAUGAUGACGGCCGACAUGAGAAUGUUGCUGAGCGAGCUUGGUCCGGCCGACGACGGAAGCCUGACCCACAACAGGGACGGUCGUCUAUAUCUGUUCCAGUUCCCGCCUGUCCUGCCUCCGCUGCACGUCAUUUCCGGUUCGUCCGUGGUCAAGUCGGAAGGGGACGACACGGUCAUGCUGGAGCAGGGUGCCGGGGGCUCGAUUGACCUGACAGGCAGCGACGAGCAGAAGAAACCCAAGGUUGAGGGCGAAAUCAAGGUGUCCGUGUCAGAAAUGGCUGAGAACCUCAAGCAGGGCGGCAUGAUUGGCAAGAUGAAUGUGCGCAAGUCGGGCAAGGUCGAGUUUGACUGGGGCGGCUGCACCCUGGAGCUUGGUCCGGCCGCUGGCAUGAACUUUCUGACGACGGCUGUCAUCAUCGAAGAGGCGGACGAGAAGGCCAAGAACGCAGAACACGGCGGUGACGCCUACGGCAUGGGCAAGAUCAUGGGCCGCUUUGUCCUGGCGCCACGGUGGAGUGAUGAAGAGGAGUGGGUCGUGGACCCUGAGGACCUCAAGAUCGACGAGUGA